UCGCAACAAGACAGACCUGACUGGCAUGCCUUGGAUCGAGGUGGUGGUGCGGGCUCCUGGUCUCCCUCCAGGUGUAGCAGACUCUGCGCAGGUGUUUGUAGCCAACACCAAGACGGUCAACGAGCAGCUUGGGGAUAUCGCAUGUGGACUGGUGGCGGGCGGGACGGGAGGUGGCGAGGCUGCGACGGCAAGGGGAAGGAAGAGCAAGGCAACGCCGGAGGAACUGGUGGCGGCAGUGCUGGAGAGCUGCGAGUUAUGGCAUGGCAUGGAGGAGGAUGGUGCGGCGGUGCCAGCUUGGAUCAAGGGCUCAAAGUUGGUGACAAGGCAGAUCAAUGGCAAUCGUUGUCCGUAUCAGAUCCCGCUCCGCCCGGGCGCACGGCUGGUCUUUGCAGAGCCAGCAGGCGCAGCAGCUAGCGCCGGCAAGGGCAAGGCUAGCAUGAGGGAGGAUGACAAGCUCUCCGAGCCGCUGUCGGAUGAUGACUUGGAGGAGGCGCCGCGGCAAUCGAUGGACGAGGGCGCCGGGCAAAGUGAAGCGGCGCGGCGGACAAAUCCCUACAAGCGGCGGCGACAGCGACGGUGCGUCGGAUGCGCACGGACGGUGCACGGCUUUGACAAACGAGUCGAGGUGGCCGGUGCCCGCGGCGAGCAGUGGCUCUUCCAUCCGCAGUGCUUCACCUGCUCGGUCUGCUUUGUGGUCCUCGACGCCGGCUCGCCCGCGACGUGGGUGCUCGAUGCCGAGACCGGCAAGAUUGUGUGCAUCGGGCGCGAGGCGGCACACGUGGAGCUGCCGCGCAAGGUUGCGGCGCGGAGCACUGAAGCAGCGGUUGCGACGUGCACCAAGUGCAAGGCGCCGGUCUUUCGUUUUGAGCAGGCAGUGGUUGGCGCCGACGACGAGUGCGGCUUGUGCCAGGCUGUGGGAGUGGCGAGCAAGCUGGAGCUCGCGGAUGGGGCAGCAGUGGCGCAUGCGCGGUGCUGCGUGUGUCGGCUUUGCGCGCGGCCGCUGGAGUUUGGCGCCGACGGGCAAAUGGCGUGCGGAGUCGAGUGCGAUGUGGCGGCUGCGGCCGGCGAGGAGGCGCGAGCGGCAGCGGCCGCGCACAACUCGGCCGCGAGCAAGUGUCCCGAGUGCCGGCGGCCGGUCUUUGGCUUUGACGCGGCCGUAGAGCUCCGCGGAGCGUGCAAGGUGUGGAACCGGCAGACACAGCGUGAGAGCGGACUGCAGGCUGUGGCGAUCCACGUGGCGUGCUUUACCUGCCGCGAGUGCUUCAAGCCGCUUCCUGUGGGCAGCAACGGUGUGGUGGAGGCGGCGCAUCGCGACGACGUAACGUGCGCGGGGUGUGUGGAGCGGCGGGAGACAAAGACCAGAUGA